AUGGCCCAGCUGGAAGACAAGGCCUCUGCCACCCCCACUGAAGGGGAGAGGCUGGCCACCUCACAGGUGAAUGGAGCAGGCGAGACCCUUCUAGGAGUGCCAAGGUCCCGAGAGCCACUCAUUCGCCUUCAGAGGACAUGGGGGGUGUGGCAGAUCCCAGAGCUGGAUACCCAGGAUGCAAAGGCCCUGCUGGAGCUGUGGCCACUGGGGAGUUUCCUUGUCACAGGACAUGGCUCCAGCCAGGUCCUGGUGCUGAGGACAGGACCUUCACGUGGGGAAAUAAACACGUACCAGAUCAAGAAGAUUCCUGGAGGUGUGUCUCUGGAAUCCUCUAAUCUCUGCAUGCCAGACCUGCCCCAUCUCCUGGCCUUCCUAUCGGCCAGCAGGGAUGUUUUGCCCAGAACACUGCUUUUGCCCCCUGCAACUCUAGGGCCUGGGAACAAACAUACAAAUCCUCUGCAGAUUGGCAGGGUCCAACGUGACACCGCAGGAAAGGCCCUCUCUGUGGUGAACCAACUCUACCUGAAGACACACAAAGAACAGGGGAUGGAGCAGUCCCUUCCAGAGACCACGCCAGAGACUAUCCAGAAAAACAGUCCAGCCCCCAGCAACCCUGUCCCUCACCGAGUCUCCUGGAUCGAAGGCCCUCUCAGCCCGGAAGUGCGCUACGCUGGGCCUGCUCUGGCCAACCUGGUGGAAGAGGAGGAUGAGGAGGUGGAGGACACCUACAAGGAGGAUGAGGAGGGACCUGAGGAUGCUCUCACGCUUCACGUCCGGGCUCUAGCCAGAGGCUGGGGCAACCACGUGGCCAAACAGUUCCGAGGCCUUCGGAUCCGCCUCACCCUAGCGGCAGGGGGCUCCCACAGGCCUGGGGACCCAGCCACAGAGCUGCUUCAGGAUGUGAGGCACCUCCUUACUGACCUCCAAGAUUACCUCGUGAAGGAUCCUGAAGUCAGGGCUGUCUUUGAGAGCAGGGGGCCUGGGGCAGCCCAGAAUGACCAGGAUCUUGGCCCCGCGGUGGAGGCGGCCUUAUGCCGGGCAGUGCUGGCGCCCCUGAAGCCUGUCCUGUGGACUCAACUCCGCACACUCCGCGCCCCCGAGCUGAAGCGAUUGCGGCGGCGACAAAUAGCCCUAAGGGCGGAGGCGGGGCCUCUGGGCGCUCGGGAGGCGGAGCCCGGCGGGCUGGGCUCCGCCCCUGACCUGCGGAGCCGCAUCCACGGGCGCUUAGCGCGUCUCCACGCCGCCUGCGCCCCACGCCGCAAGGUGGAGCUCCUGCUGGCAGUAUGCAGGGAUAUCUAUGAGGGCCUGACCCGCGGUGGGAAUCAAGAGCCCCAGGGCGCCGACGCUUUCCUGCCGGCGCUGACGGAGGAACUGAUCUGGAGUCCUCACCUUGGAGAGACGCAGCUGGAUGUGGAGUUCCUUAUGGAGCUCCUGGAUCCCGACGAGCUGCGGGGAGAAGCCGGGUACUACUUGACGACGUGGUUUGGAGCGCUGCAUCACAUUGCCCACUCCCAGCCUGAGGCAGGCCGCGCUCCCCAGGGCCUCAGCUCCGAGGCCCGCGCCUCCCUGCGCCAGUGGCACCGCAGGCGGACUCUGCACAGACAGGACCAUGCCGGUCCCCAGGCUGACCUGCCCUUUGAGGAGCCAUGGGCAGUGGGGACAGAACCCGGGAACCACUAA